UAACGGACCCUGUCACCGGGCUACUGACCGUCUGCGAUAACAAACACAUCUACAAUGGCAUUCGUUUCGAGUACAAGUGUUUUGUUUAUAUUAUUCAUAUCGAUUUCCGGCAAAUCGAUACCAAACAGUUAUAUAGAAAAUCGAAUCAAUUUGAUCGAACGUGAAGUGGACAUGCAAUUAGGAAGUGAAUUGGUUUUGAACGAUGAUGAAAAAUUAGCAAACGAAAUAUUAAUGCAUUGGAAACAAAAGGAAAUCGAAGAAUCGUUUCGUAAUCCACAAUAUUUUAAUUUCUCCAAACAUUAUUUUGAUUACAAGAACGAUAUUCCUAAAUCUAAAGUAUAUCAGAUUAUAAGAGGGAUGCCUAAAGGCGCUGUGCUACAUGUCCAUAGCUCACUGAUGCUUAGUACAGAUCGUUUACUAAAUCUGACGUACGAAAAUAAUUUGUAUAUGUGCAAAAAUGAAAUCGGUGAUUUACAAUUCAGAUUUUCUGAAGAUAUUCCCAAAUGGCCUUGUCAUACAAGUUGGGUGCUGUUAAGUGAUCUGAGAAGUUUAGGUGAUGCAACCAAAUUCGAUGAAUCGUUAAAGAAUUAUUUCACUCUAUUUUCUGGAUCAAGUCGAGGUUGUGACAAAAUCGAUAUUAAUACAAUCUGGCGAAAAUUUGAAAAGAUUUCGAACGUUAUAUCUCAACUAAUAAUUUAUAGACCAGUCACUGAAAAGUUCUUUUACGAAGCCUUGAAUGAAUUUUACAAUGAUAACAUACAGUACAUUGAAAUUAGAAGUGGUUUGAAAAGUCUAUACGAAUUAAAUGGAACAGUACAUGACAAAUUGUAUAUGCCGAGAUUGUACCGUGAUGUAGCUGAGCGUUUUAAAAGAGAUCAUCCGGACUUUGUAGGCGUUAAAUUGAUCGUUACCAGACACAGACUAAAGACGGAUGAAGAGAUACGCAAGACUAUUAAUUUAGCGAGGCAGGUAAAGCAAGAAAUGCCGUCGUUCUUAGCCGGUUUUGAUCUAGUAGGACAGGAAGAUUUGGGCAGAUCGUUAUCUGAUAUACUGCCAUUGCUGAAUGAAGCAAAGAAUGAUUUGAAAUAUUACUUCCAUGGAGGCGAAACUAACUGGUACGGGACAUCAACGGACGAGAAUUUAUUCGAUGCUGUUCUUUUGGGAUCGAAGCGUAUAGGUCACGCGUAUGGAUUAAUAAAGCAUCCAUCUUUACUAAUGGCUGUCAAACAAUACGAUAUAGCGUUAGAAGUGAAUGUUGUGUCUAAUGCGGUGUUGGGUUUAGUCCAUGAUGUGAGGAAUCAUCCGUUAGCGACGUAUUUAGCUCUAGGUCUGCCAGUUGUGUUAUCAAGUGAUGACCCGGGAGUGUGGGGCGCGGAUCCAUUGUCUCACGACUUUUAUAUCACUUUCAUGGGUGUUGCGAGCAAGCGCGCUGACUUGCGUCUUCUAAAGCAACUAGCGAUUAACUCUAUUAAAUAUAGUACGUUGGAUAUAAAAAAUAAGGAGGCGUUGUACAGUGUAUUUCAUACUAAAUGGGAUGUUUUUAUCAAACAAGUAUUAACUCUGAGUACAAAUCUUUAAGACGAGGAAUGUGUAA